UGAGUGCUAUGCGAGGCGUCAUGGAGCGCUCUGCGUCCUCCUCCACCCCUGUCUCAGACGCCGUGGCGACCACUACCGCGGUGCAAGCGAAGCCGACCGCUCUGGAACAGCUGGACAAAGAGCAGAUCAGAAAGGCUGUGGAAGUUCUGUUUGCACACUCCAGGUCCAGAAAAAGCAGUACUGAAUUGCUUUUGAAUGAGAAUGAGAACGUAUUUUUAAUGGUGAUAUUAUGGAAAAUUCCAGCAAAGGAACUUCGAGUCAGAAUGUCUUUACCUCAUAGUAUUCUAUCAGAUUCGUCAGAAGUCUGUCUGUUUACCAAAGAUGAUUGUGAAUCACCUGAACAGACAGAAGGUUUCUAUAAAAAGCUUUUGAAAAAGCAUGGAGUUAACAGUGUCUCUCAGAUUAUCCCUUUUAAAACUUUAAAGACAGAAUAUAAAGCCUAUGAAGCCAAGCUCCGUCUCUUGGGUAGCUUUGACAUCUUCAUUACUGAUGAAAGAAUUAGACGACAUUUGCCCACACACAUAGGAAGGCAUUUCUAUCACAGGAAGAAAGUUCCAGUACCUGUCAAUCUUCUGGCCAAGAAUCUGUCCAAAGAGAUUACCGACCGCCGUAUCACAGGGACUGUCUUAAACAUCUCUAAACAUGGUUCUUGCAGUACUAUACGUAUUGGUCACACCGGAAUGGAGACUCAGCACAUCAUUGAAAACAUCCUGGCUGUCUCAGAAAUGCUUUCAGAAAAAUUGCCAGAGAAAUGGCAGAGUGUGAAACUCUUGUUCCUGAAAACGGAGACGUCAGUUUCCCUUCCCAUCUUUUCCUCCUUCGUCACAUCUCAGGAUGAAAACAGUGGAUCCUUCCGUAGUAUGAGGAAAAAAGAACUAAAGAAAAAAAGAAAGCAUGAAAAAGAAAAGUUGAAGAAGAAAAACAAAAUGUUAAGGAAAAAGUCCAAGGAAGCUGCAUUUCUUUCACCUCAAGAUGACUUAGUGUGUAAAACCAGCAGUGCACCAGCAAAUGGUCCAAGAUCCCAGAAGAAACAUCCCAGCAAUGUAAAACCACAACAGAAAGUGACAGAUGAGUAUGAAGAAACAAUUCCACAACUGGUACCAAUAGGAGAAACUCGAGAUAAAGAAAAUGUGAAGAUGGAAGAAAAUAUCACAGAAGGAAAAUCUCCAAAAAAGAGAUCUGAUGCAAACACACCUCGUGGCAAGAAAAGGAAGGUCCUACCAGCUACAGAGACUUCAGAAGCUUCCAGGCCUGGGACCUCAGGGAAGAAGCUAAAAAUAGAUGUGCAGGAACUCAGAAAGCCAGGGGCCAAGGUCUUUACUCCCAGGAAAUCUGUAAAGAAAACUUCUAAAACACCCAAAGACAAAAAAACCCAGGGAGCCAAAUCAAACUAA